AUGCUCUUCCCGGCAGACAAGGAGGACGAGGAGCCUCGCGCCCUUCCUCAGCCCAUAAAGGAAUGCAAAGUGGACGUGGACAGGCUGCCGAGUCGGGUUCUCCACUAUUACGCCAAUAUCCAGCACCACAGCCGAAGAAAAGCUUGCUCAAGUACAACAGCAGAUGGGACGGCCAGCCCUGGAACUUAUGAACGAGAUACCAACACGCUGGAGCAGCUGCUGUCCCGGCUGAUGAGGAAGAACCAGUGUGGGCGUCUCGGCCUCUCUUCACAGACUGACUCCACUCAGGACUGA